GGCCAUAUUUUCUCCGAUAGCCUGGUACUAUAUUGGUAUUGAAAAAAGGUCAUGGGCGUUUUGGAGUUUAAGCCCUAGACAUCCAUCUAUAUAACCAGUCACGAAAACCCUAAUUGCCUCGCAGUAUCUUGAGCCGGCGAAAAUGUCGAAGCGAGGACGUGGAGGAUCAGCAGGUAACAAGUUUAGGAUGUCACUGGGUUUGCCAGUGGCGGCAACUGUGAACUGUGCUGAUAACACGGGGGCAAAGAACCUGUAUAUCAUCUCUGUAAAGGGGAUCAAGGGUCGCCUGAACCGGUUGCCAUCUGCUUGUGUUGGUGACAUGGUCAUGGCCACUGUUAAGAAAGGGAAACCUGAUCUCAGGAAGAAGGUUCUGCCUGCAGUCAUUGUCAGGCAGCGGAAGCCAUGGCGCCGAAAGGAUGGGGUCUUCAUGUACUUUGAAGAUAAUGCUGGUGUGAUCGUGAAUCCUAAAGGAGAAAUGAAAGGGUCUGCAAUUACUGGUCCAAUCGGGAAGGAAUGUGCUGAUCUUUGGCCGAGGAUCGCAAGUGCAGCGAAUGCCAUCGUUUAAGAUGGUUCUAAGUCGCAAUUUUUGUUCCUCUUUUACUGGUAGAGCUUUCCUUAAAUUGACUGGAUUUUGUUAUAUCAAUGUUGAAUAUGGUCGGUUUUACAGCGGAGGUUUGUAGAAUGAUAUGAUCUUGUUUCUAGGUCGCUGUUGUAUUUUAAAGCUAUGUUUUUAUCGUGAGUAUUCUUCGCAUGCUAAUCAAAAUUCGUACUCCCAAUUUUCUGAUAA